AUGCCUCGAUCUCGUAUUUAUCACACCAAGGCUGAGCGCAAGGCUGCCAACCGAGCCAAGAGUGCCCGACAUUAUGCAAAAAACAAGGUGGACAUCCUGGCUAGGCGGCACAAUGUUCGGGCGCACCUUGAUGAGGACGCAACACAAGCAUUAACCACUCAAACCGGGCCUCAGAUAGCAUCCCCGGAGACCGAUGUUUCAUGGAAUAUCAAUCGCGUUCAGCAAAUAUCCCGCGAGUUGAACUCGUUUAUCAACAACUCCCCAUCCGCCUUUGCGAACAUUGUCUACAUGGACUACAUUAAGAUCCUCGAAACCGGCACAGACGAUCUAACCAUCAUUGAAGUACCGCUGGGAAGAAUCAUGAAAUGGCAACAACAAAUCGAUAAAUGUGGAAACGUCAUACUGCAAGAGUGUGGUGCAGGCAAGGAGAUGGAAUCCCUCGGUGCCGUACGCAUAAUCGCAAGUAUUGCAAUCGACUAUUUGCAGGACACCCUAUGUGAGGCUAUGUCGGAUCCUACAGCCAUGCAGGAGGCGUACAAACGCGGGAGGCUCAACUUUCAGAGGUAG